AACGGGUAGCUCACGGAUUUGGUGUUUAUUAGUAGAUCUUAAACAUCUCGUGAUACAUCUUGUCCAGAUUAAAGUUCUCACGAGGAUAGAGAAAGAGUUCAAAAAAAGAAAAGAAUUAAUAUGAAAACAUUCAUAGUUUUGGCAUUAGCCAUAACAGGGGUGUUAUCGGAUGUUUCUCACUUAGAUGGCAUCCAUACACACAUACAAGAAGAUGGAUAUCAUUAUGAUAAACCACCAAUUCCUUUCCCACCCCCUGUGAUUAACAAGAAAGAAGAAUAUUUGCCGCCACCACCCCCACCACCACCACCAACUAGACCCCCUCCACCUCCACCACCAAGAUGUUCGAAUGGAGCUCCUGACUAUAGCUACCCAGAUUGCUGUGUAAAUGGAGGUUCUGGAAGAUACUGUUGUGAUAACGGUGCUAACAACCCUGACUGCUGCGUCAAUGGAGGCCGGGGACCAUACUGUUGCACAAAUGGAGCCAACAACCCAGAUUGUUCAAUCCCAACUCGCCCACCACCACCACCACCUCCUACUAGACCUCCACCACCACCUCCUACCAGACCUCCACCACCCCCUCCUACCAGACCUCCUCCUCCUCCACCCCCUCCUCCACCACCACCCCCUAAGUGUUCGAAUGGAGCUCCUGACUACAGCUACCCAGAUUGCUGUGUAAAUGGAGGUUCUGGAAGAUACUGUUGUGAUAACGGUGCUAACAACCCUGACUGCUGCGUCAAUGGAGGCCGUGGACCAUACUGUUGUACCAAUGGAGCCAACAACCCAGAUUGUUCAAUCCCAACACGUCCACCACCACCUCCACCACCACCAAGAACAACACCACCAAAUGAAUAUCUUCCACCACCAACAGUCACCAAAAAGGAAGAAUAUAUUCCACCACCCCCACCACCAACCAGACCACCACCACCACCCCCAACAAGACCACCACCACCACCACCAACAAGACCACCACCCCCACCACCACCAAAGUGUUCGAAUGGAGCACCUGAUUUCUCUUAUCCUGACUGUUGCGUAAAUGGAGGUUCCGGAAGAUACUGUUGUGACAAUGGUGCAAACAACCCUGACUGUUGUGCAAAUGGAGGACGAGGACAAUACUGUUGUACAAAUGGAGCUAACACCCCAGAUUGUUCAAUCCCAACUCGCCCACCACCACCUCCACCACCAAGAACAACACGUCCACCACCACCACCACCCCCUCCACCAACCAAUCCACCAGAGUACCUUCCACCAGUCUGUGGAAAUGGAGGAAGUGGGCCAAACUGUGAAACAUCUAAUGGAUAUAACUACGACAAACCAGCAAGAGCUUUCCGUUUCUAAUUAAGAAAUAAAUAAUGUGGAUUAAGCAUCAUGUAGAAUUUUUUUCAUUAUGAUGUGGAUGUAUAUACAUAAAUGUUGAAAAUGUAAAUAGAACCAUUUAUGCAAGAAUAAACGAAACGAGAUUGUUUAUUGUAAAUUAAACUCAAGAAA